AUGAGCCUGCUUACGCUUCUGCUCCUCUGCCCCACUGUCACCCAUGGAAGUUAUGAUGAUUCUCCUAAAGAGAGAUUGUUUGCAGGAUCAAAUGUGAAAUCGGAUUCAAAAGAUUGUCAGACUUCUGCUAAAAGUGAUAAUCAAGACAAUCAUAUGAUUAACUAUAAGCCUUCUGCAUCUGUUCCAAAAUAUGACUUGUCCGGAUUUGGUCAUCCCUCUGUUCAGUAUGAGUCUUGUACAGAUGCCUCCAAAAACGUGCAGCCUGGGAGCCGGCUGGCUUCAACUUCAUCUCAGAGCGGGUCCACCUUGAUGAGAACCCUAAAAGUACCCGAAUCGAAACCCUCUAGAGGUGAAUCUAGUUAUGAGGUGGCUAAAACUGCUGAAUCUAACAAGAUCUUUGUAGUAAAGCCUUCUAAAACACACAAAGUUUCCCAUCAGUAUACUUCAUCUAAGGGAAGUCAGAGUAGCAAGCUCCAGACAGCUAAUAGCAGUUAUGGCCCAUUCAUGAAGGGAAACCCUGCUUAUUCAAGUAUGAAUCCAAGAAAACCCUCUCGUAGUGGAUUUACAUACACUGAAGCCAAGUCUUCGGUUGUUAGCUCGGGGCCAAUCUUUGUAGUUCAAGGUGGAGGAAAUGCUCAAGGUCUUGGAGAAUAUAGUGGACAUCCAAAUUCUGUAAAACCACUUGGAGGUCCCAGUCACGUUGACCCCUAUCAGGCCAGUCAGAGCUCUAGAUUGAUUGAAAGCAGUCAGGGCAAAUCACGGAAUGAACCUCUUCACUACUCCAUGAGUGGAAGUCAAUACAGUCCUAGCUCUGAGCCAAGAAAACACUCCAAAAAUGACUCACCGUACAUCUUCAAUUGGGAUUCUUCUCAAGGCCCCAGAAAGUGCUCCGAUAACCAAGAUACCACCUCAUAUGAAGCUACCCACCCCAAAUUCCAGCAGAUCUACAAUAUCCACGGUCAACCUAAUCAAAUCUUUAAGCCUGUAUACCCCUCUCAAAGUGGAGCUCAACGUGAUGUAGCAAAGUCCUCAAAUGCCAGUUCUGGUGCAAUCCUGAUGAUGCAGGCUCCUGAAAAUGUUCAAAAUGGAGCACAAUCCAACAAGCCCAAAUUUCAUCCUGGAUUUCCAGAGCGUAAAGUACCAUUUGCUCCUGGUCAGACUGCUCAUCAAUACCAGUCUGGGUAUCAGACCUUCUCUGUGAAGGGAACCAUGUACAAACCAAGUUCAGUGCCCUCAAGGCCUUCUACAAGUAAAUUAGGAUUCAGUGCAACUAACCCCACUACUGCUGGAUCGAAUGAGAUCAAUACAGUCCAUGUAAGGCUUAAUAAACCCACAAGCAGCUUUGGUAGUUUUCAGAACCAGUGGGCUUCUGGUGACAUUAGCAGUGGUGCUUUCCAAAGUUCCUUACCUCCAAGUUACCCGGGCGAGAUGCCGGGUCAAAAUGUACAAAAGCCUGUUAGUUCUUCAUUCCAUUGUUCCAAAGGUGUCCAAAGCCAAGAAAGCAGCAGGCGUAUUAUUGCCAUUCCAAGUGAGUUUGGCCAAGGUGCCAUCCGAAGGAUUUCUCCUACACUUUCCAGCAGCUACAGACAAGCUGAGCAAAACCAGCCUCAAUUUAACAGCUUGGAUUCCUUGGCCUCGAAGUGUGAAGUGACCCAGAAUAGCCCUGCAGGUUUUGGUCAACAGGGCCCAGUCAGAUUCCAGGAAGCGAACCUUUCCAUCUAGAAGCAGUUCUCAACGUCUGCUAUAAACCUUGAUUAGGUGUGUUUUGGGGAGGCUGUCAGUCAUCAGGCUCCGGUCUUUGCAAGGACUACAGGAUGCUCGGACUGAUCCAGUGCGCUGCUGUUCAGUGGACACACAGGGGACUGUCCCUUUCAAAGACUACAUGUAAUGUCAAUAAAAAUGUUAAACCUACAAGUUUACUUUCCAAAUUGUC